AGUAGGGUUCUGAUUUUAUUUUAUCUCUUAAAUAUACGUGUAAAUGUUUAUUCAUUUAUAUUUACUUCCAGAAAAACGUUUGCACGAACCUAUAUUUACCAUACUGUUUAUUAAAAUUCGUCUUUCCGAAUAUUUUCCUGUUUUUUAUAAACCUUUAUCAAAACAAAGUCCGACCGCUAGAAAAUUAGAGCUAGUUAGAAGUUAGAAGUUUUGAAACAGUGGACAAGCACGUUUCGUUAUUCUAAAACUUAUUCUGAAAUAGCAGAUUUAACAUCUUUUAUAUUAUUUUUCACUGUUUCUUGAAAGUUAUACCGCUUGUGUGUAUCAAAUUAGUGAGACACCCGCCUAGCAUGAGAGAUCCAGAUUUCAAUCCUAUCUGAGGUAAUAUUCUUUGCAGUAAGAAUUCUUUACAGUGAUGGGGAAGACAAAAUGCUUAAAAGUACUUAAUUAAUAAAAUAUGGCAACAAGCAAUUUAGUCUGUGUCAUCUGUAGAAAAAACACUCGUGACAUGAAAGUCAUUAUAUUCACUAAUGAAACUUUAACAAAAAGAUGUAAAAUAUCAAAAAUUCGUAAAAAUUUUGGCUUAAAAUAUGAAGACGUUGUUUUACCUACCAGUGUGAAUGUUACAGAGGGUUAUCAUGUAUCAUGUUAUAAGAAUUAUAUUGCCCUAAAGAAAAAAUAUUACGAUGAAGAAGAAGCAUCAACAUCAUCCGACGUAUCUUCAUUUGAACCAAAUAUUAUGCGCCCUGUUGAAGAUACAUCUCAACAAAAUGCAAUCCCAUGCGAGAUAGUGACGCCUGAUGCAAAUAUUAUUGAUCCAUGUGAAGUAUCAACCUACAAAGAACAAUAUGUAUCCGCGGAUGAGACAUUAGAAGAAGCACAAAGUUUCAAGAAAAAUGAAACACCAUGUUAUUUUUGCCAAAAAAGAUAUAAAAAACACAAAGGACGAUUGCAGCCGUUACAAACUGGACAAAAAGAAAUCCUCAAGGAAAACCUACAUAAAUAUUCCGAGUUUCUUAAAGAUUCUGAAGUUUUAAAAAACCUAGGAACUUCACCAAAUGAAAUUCAUUACCACAAAAUCUGUCGCGUUGAUUUCUUCAAUAAAUUAAAAGCAAUUGCCACCAAAAGACUGCAAACAAGUUAUCAUAUAA